AUGGAAACCUCUAUAGAUCAUACGAUGGAGAAGCCUGAGAAAGCUUCCUUGGACAUCCGGUUUACCGACAUUACUUCUGCCGAGUUACAGAGAGACCGUUCUCCAAGAGCAUGGCUGAACAAAAUUGCUUCUUGGGGCAUUGAGUUGCGUGGCAUUGCUCCUGUGCCUAUCGAGGAGCGGACUGACAAGCGAUUCAUCAAUGUCUUUUUUGUCUGGUUUACAAUGAGUACUAAUCUGCUACCAAUCGUGACAGGAAUGGUGGGAACUCUUUCCUACGGUCUUAGCCUUCGAGAUGCCUCACUUGUUAUUCUGUUUUUCAGUCUUUUUUGCUCGAUUUUUCCUGCCUAUAUGGGAACGUUUGGUGCAAAGACUGGCUUGAGGCAGAUGUUGCAUUCACGUUUCACUUUUGGCUAUUAUCUCAUCACAAUAAUCGUUAUCCUCAAUCUCUGCACAAUUGCUGGUUUUGGCAUCAUCGACUGUGUUCUUGGAGGAAUGACUCUGUCCGCUGUGUCAGAUGGCAAAAUUAAUGCCACAGCGGGCAUCGUGAUUAUUGCCAUCUGUGGCAUGGUCAUCUCCUUCGGUGGAUACAAGACACUGCACCAGUUUGAAAGAUACUCAUGGAUUUUUGCCCUAGUCGCUAUCCUAGUUGCUACUGGAGUCGGCGGAAAGCAUCUUUCCACUCAAGUAGUGACAGAACCGGCAUCCGGGUCUACCAUCGUUUCAUUUGCAGGUGUCAUCGCUGGAUUUCUUAUUCCCUGGGCAGCCAUGUCUUCCGAUUUUGCGGUAUACUGCGACCCUAGCGUUUCUUCAUGGCGUAUCUUUGCCUAUAUCUAUGGUGGUCUUCUCGUGCCAUCCGUCCCAUUGAUGGUCCUUGGUGCUGCAAUCGGCGCAACAACGCCGAUGAUUCCUUCCUGGGAAGCUGGCUAUGAUAGCUAUAGCGCAGGUGGAGUCUUAGAAGCUAUGCUGCAUCCCGUCGGAGGAUUUGGAAAAUUUAUUUCUGUCCUUCUAGCAUUUUCUCUCCUUGGAAAUUUGGCGGCAGCUAUGUACUCCAUCUCACUCAACUUCCAGAUCGUCAUUCCAAUAAUGAGGCGUAUUCCGCGACUUUUCUUUACCAUCAUCUACACUGCAGUCGCUAUCCCGGUAUCUAUCUACGCUGCCAAGUCAUUCUUCAAUAGCUUAGAGAACUUCCUCUAUGUCAUUGCAUAUUGGUCUGCGGGGUUCAUCGGUGUGGUGAUGACAGAGCACUUUCUCUUCCGCAAAGGCAAUUUCGACGAAUAUGACCCGGACUCCUGUGAAUCGCCCAGAAGACUUCCAUCUGGAAUUGCGGGUAUCGUGGCUAUGGCCCUUUCGUUUGGUUUGAUUGUACCGUGUAUGGGUCAGGCUUGGUAUACAGGGCCUUUGGCCGAGACUACUGGAGAUCUUGGCUUCGAAGUUGCUCUUGUUCUUGCGCCUAUCUUAUAUGUGCCAAUUCGCGUAAUUGAGCUGAAAUUUUGCACGACUCGAUUCAACAAAUCAAAUUAA